GCAUGUGUGACGUCAUCAAUGUUGGCGGUAUUUUGAAAAGAAAGCGCCUGUUUUUCUCGCGUUCAACAAAAAAUCAAUCAAAUCAUGGCAGAGAUGAUGUGUGCCCCACAGGCAACAGUGCUGUCAGAAACUGCUCGUGGUGAGCUGUUGAAUCAGUGUGAAGAACAGUUUUCUCAGCUGGAAAAGCUCCAAAAUGAGAUUAUAUUAAGUGAACCAGAUUGUGGCGAGAACCCACACGAUCAGUCUGUAAAUAGACUGAUGGCAACAGAAGCUGAGCUCAAGCAAUGGGCAACAAUGGAGCCAAAUCUUCUUUCUGAAAAUUCUGAGAUUCUUCUCCAGGCUGGAAAAGAAGAGAUUAUCAAGCUAUGUUCACAACUUGAGAUGAUAGUUCUUUGUUAUGAAGCAAAGAGAGAUAAAUUAAAAGAAACUAAAGAGCUAGAGCAGAAGUGGCUUGAGGAGAAGAAACAAAUGUUGGAAGCUGCUACAGACCAUGUUGAGCGCCUUCAAAUGGAGAGAGAGAAAUUAUCUGAGCACAGUAUCUUUAAAGAGACUAAAGAUAAAAUUCAGAAGAUGAAGCUGUAUCAGGACAGAUUAAUGGAGUCACUGGGUGAAAUUCUUGAAAAACAUGUUCCUGCUCCUCCUCGGACUGAGGACAAAAAAAAGCAUUCUGCACAGGAUGUCCAUGUGGAGUUUAUUUCACUCAAUGAAAUUCUUGAGCUUCUUAUGAACAAACUUCUGACAACACCACAUGACCCAUAUGUGGACAUUGAUGCAACAUUCUGGCCUCCGUAUGUUGAGAUGCUCCUUCGGUAUGGCGUUGCUAUAAGGCACCAGGAAAAUAACUUCAAGAUUCGCCUAGAGCCCUUUUGCUGAGAUUUUUUGUCAUCUUUUGUAAAUACUGUAAUCUUUUUACAAUAAUAUUUAGAUUUGUCAA